AUGAGGUGGAUCAAGCUGCCCAUGCUGAAUGCAGAACAGCGGACAGCCUUUGACACAGUCAUGGGUUCCAUGGACGCUCAGGAUGGGAGCGUGUUUGGCCUCAACGCGGGCAGAGGCACGGGCAAGACACACACCCUCAACCUUUAUGUUGUGCAGGCCCAAGGGAUGGGCCCACCGCCACUACCGGCAUCACAGCCCCUCUCCUCCACGGCGGAUUCCCUCUGCCUCAAGCCCAAGCCCAUCAAGGAAGUGUGCAAGGAAACACGGCUCAUCAUCAUAGAUGAGGUGACAAUAGGCCAUUGUCAAAUGUUUGAUGUGUCUGGACUGGAGGCUCAAGGACAUUAUGAAGAUUGCGGAGUCCAAGCAAGAGCAAAGGAUGUUUGGCGGGAUAUCCUGACUGUGCUCUUCACCGGGGAUUGGUGGCAAAUCCUCCCCGUUGUCCCCAAGGGACAUACCGCACAAAUCCUCCAGGCAUGCUUCCUCAAGUCGUACACCUGGGCCCAUGUACACGUCCUCACCCUGGUCACGGAGAUGCUGGCGGCAUUGGUGGGUGGGGGCAAGGAGGAGUUUGCAACAUUCCUUCAUAAGAUCAGCACCCGGGAUGCUCACAUUUGA